AUGUGGGCAAAGCAUGAUGUUCUGGCCAUGCUGUCUCCAACAUGGAGAAGCUCCUUGGAAGAUGCUUUUUUUUGGAUUGGUGGUUGGAGACCAACCAUGGCUUUUCACCUUCUAUAUUCCAAGGUUGGGUUGCAAUUUGAGGCCAAGUUGGAUGAAGUCCUUCAGGGUCUAAGAACAUCUGAUUUGGGUGAUCUAUUAGCAACUCAGCUAGCUCAAAUUGAUGAGAUUCAGAAGAGGACAAUCACAGAGGAGAGGAAAAUCACAGAUAUGAUGGCAACACAUCAAGAAACAGUGGCAGAUGCAUCAAUGGUGGAACUUUCUCAUGCUGUUUCUUAGAUGUUAAGGGCCAAUGAAACUGACAAGGGUGGAAAGAAAGAGGUAGAGGAGAGGGUUGAUUCAGCUCUGAUGCCAAAGGAGGAAGGAUUGAAGGAGAUUUUGCAAAGUGCUGAUGGUUUAAGGCUUAGAACACUUCAAGGUAUUGUCAAUAUUCUGAGGCCAAAACAGUGCAUUCACUUCUUGAUUGCAGCUACAGAACUACACCUCAGGCUGCAUGAGUGGGGCAAGAAGAGGGAUACAAGCAGAAGGGUCAAUGAAGGCACUUAUAGUGAUGAGGGUACAACCCAUGAUUUGUCAACUUCAAGAUAACACUAACAAUUGCAACUUUGGAACCAUUCAGA